AUUCAAACCAAAACAAACACAAAUAGCCUGUUUCAGCCAAUUUUGAAUCCAUACGAUUUUAAAAUCAUUGCAUCCACAUACACUAAAUCCUAAUAUAAAUCUCCCAAAAGAAUUUCAAGUCAGCUUUCUUUUCAAUUUCGAAAGGUAACCAAACCGUUUAAUGGAUCCGACAACCGGAUUUUGUCGCCAGACCGGAAUUUACAAUUGCCUUACACCGACCAUCCCUUUGCCGCCAAUCAGUCAACCGCUUUCCGCCGCCGAAUUUUGUUUCUCAAUUUUCAACAGUACUUUCACCGACGGUGCCACCACUUUCUCCGUCAACACAACCACCGGAGAGGCGCUGUCUUACUCCCAAUUCGUUUCUCAAGUCCGUUCCCUUGCUUACUCUCUGCAACAACGUUACUCUCUUUCCCAACACGACGUCGCUUUCAUCCUUUCACCGCCUUCGAUUCAUGUCCCCGUGGUUUACUUCGCUUUGUUAUCGUUAGGAAUCGUCGUUUCUCCUGCAAAUCCACUCAGUUCCAAGUCGGAAAUUGCUCACCAGAUCCAACUCAGUAAACCAGUUGUUGCCUUCGUUACUUCAGAAACCUCUCAUAAAAUUCCUUCUCUUACACACGGAACUAUUCUCCUCGACUCUCCCGAGUUUCUCUCCUUGUUAACUCAAUCCAAUAUCGUUAACGGCCUCACAAAAAGUGUAAAGGUUAACCAGUCCGACACUGCUGCGAUAUUGUAUUCUUCAGGAACCACCGGCCGAGUCAAAGGCGUGAUGAUAACUCACCGAAACCUAAUCGCAAUGAUGACGGUGAUUCAUCACCAAAACACGAACCAAGGCCAAGGUAACGAGAAGCGGCCGCGGUCGGUGACGUUUUUCACGGUGCCUUUGUUCCACGUGUUUGGUUUCUUUAUGUUGUUGGCGGUGGUUCUGUUAGGUAAUACGGUCGUUUUGGUGGAAAGGUUUGAUUUCGAAGAAAUGUUAAGAGCAGUUGAGAAGUACAAGGUUACAGGCAUGCCGGUGUCGCCGCCGCUUGCGGUGGCGUUUGUUAAAUCGGACUUGACAAAAAAAUACGACUUGAGCUCCCUUCAAGGGCUUGGCUGUGGCGGCGCCCCGCUUGGGAAGGACAUUGCUAUGCGGUUCAAUGAGAAGUUCCCCGGCGUGUUAUUGGUGCAGGGGUAUGGGCUGACUGAGACCAGCGGCGGAGCAACCAGGGCAAUAGGGCCUGAGGAGGCAGGUCGGUACGGUUCGGUUGGCCGCCUUGCUGAAAACAUGGAAGGCAAGAUAGUUGAUCCUGAAACUGGUGAAGCAUUGCCUCCUGGGCAGAGAGGAGAACUAUGGUUGAGAGGCCCAACAGUCAUGAAAGGUUAUGUAGGUGAUGAGAAGGCAACAGCAGAAACCUUGGACUCAGAAGGGUGGUUAAAAACUGGUGACAUUUGUUAUUUUGAUUCUGAAGGGUUUCUCUACGUUGUUGAUAGGUUGAAAGAAUUGAUCAAAUACAAAGCCUAUCAGGUCCCUCCAGCUGAAUUGGAACAUUUACUUCAUUCCCAUCCAGAAAUUGUUGAUGCUGCGGUGAUUCCGUACCCGGAUGAAGAAGCAGGGCAGAUUCCCAUGGCAUAUGUAGUCAGGAACCCUGGAAGUAACAUUACACAGGCACAAGUCAUGGAUUUCAUUGCAAAACAAGUUGCACCGUACAAGAAGAUCCGACGAGUUGCUUUUAUAAAUUCAAUACCGAAAACUCCGGCAGGGAAGAUCUUGAGGAGGGAACUCAUUAAUCAUUCUCUAUCUAAUGGUUUAUCUAAAUUAUAGAACCAUAUAUAUAUGUGAGCACAUAUAAUCUUAUUAUAGUGGCGAACAUUGACAAUAGGCUUUGGUUUAUCUAAAUAAAAAACUUAUUUAAUCAUGAGUUCAAAA